CCGGAAGUCACUAUAACACGGAAGUACUUUGUUUUGAUUUCGCAGUCAGCUGUCAAUAUAUUUGUUUUAUGUCGCCGAUGCUGCCUUAUUCUUCAAUUGGACGAAAAUACGUCGACAAUUACACAUUCUGUGGAACGUGAAAUCUGUUUGCAGCUUAUCUUCGUCUUUCAUCAUGGAGGAGCCCAAAGCCUCCGACGUGUUCUGCAACAGGAUGCUGAGCAUGGUGAACUCUGAGGACGUCAACGCCAUCAUCCAGGCUCAGAGACACAUGCUUGACCGCUUUGAGAAAACCAACGAAAUGCUGAUCAAUUUCAAUGGGCUGUCAAAUGUGCGGCUGCAGCAAAUGAAUGAACGCUUUCUGAACCACACACGUACACUUGUGGAGAUGAAGAAAGAUCUAGACAGUAUCUUCCGAAGGAUCAGGACACUGAAAGGGAAAAUUGGCAAGCAAUAUCCUGAAGCUUUCAGUAACAUCCAAGAGUCGCCCAUCUUGGAGGAUGAUGAUGACGACUUCGACCCGGCUCCACCUAGUGGGGCCACGACGAUCACAACAGCCACCUCGGGCCAGAGCACAGACUCCUGCGACACCAGCCCGGACGUCGUCUCACCCACCGUGAGUAGAUGUUCCGAAGAGCUUUCUCAAGAACUACCGGACAUGCCCACCUCUGACGCUCAUCACACGGCCGGCCUCCAGGACGAGGGUCCAGACUCUGUGCCAGCCGAGUAGUGUUAAGAGUGUGGAUGGACUUGAAUUAUGACAACUGGCUUGAACAUUGUUGUGUUUUUUUAUACUGUUUCUUUAGUAAUUGCAGUGUUUGACAGCAUGUUUACUUUGUCUGCUUAUCCGGUAUGUUAUUUUAAUUCAUUUUAUAUUUAGAAAUCACCCUGAAGGAAAUAUUGUGAUGCCAUUUCCCAUGUAAAGGUACUGUUCACUCUAAAAUGUUAGUAAUGGAGGAUGAUGUUAUAAUGCAAACUUUGGUGUCACAAUCAUGGAAUAUAGUAUACUCAACCACUUCACUGUCCAUUCAUAAAGCCUCUGGUAUGUCCAAAAUAAAUAGCCACAUGCACAGCCUGUUUAAGUUUAAAAGAAAAUAUACAUAUUUUUCUAGCCACAUGCUUCAUGGUACAGUCUAUACACUUUUUUUCAAGUUUCUGAUGGGAUUGUAAUGCAAAAGUCCUCCCAUUAGAUUUAGGAAUGUUAUGAUGACUAGUCAUGUUACAAUAAAACCAUAAAAAAGAGAAAAACUUAGACAUUUAAAUGAGAACAACAUCAACAAAACAAAACACAUCAAAAUACUUUGUUUAUUUUUGUAUAUAAAUAUACAAACAUAAUUUGGGAAUUUAAUAAUUUAAAACAAUCUACAAAUAAUUGUUUAAUAGCCUCCAUCACCUUAGGGUGCAAAGUCAAAAAGAAAAGUGGCAUAGGGGCACCAUAAAUAGGGCGGAAAAAGUGGGGUACCAGCAAAUAGGAGUGGCAAAGCAAAAAAGUGCAUGAAGAAAAGCAAACAAAAAGGGUGUCAAUAUGUGUUUUUUUUUGUAGCCUACAAUAUAGCCAGUCUGUGGUGGAAGUUAACCGAUUACCUUAAUGCCCACAAUGACAUAAGAUAGCAAAGUGUUUACGUGUUGUGUUCGCUUACAUCGCACUCCUUUUCAACCAACAUUUAAUCAGUGCAGGUAAUUGUUUACCGUUUAAUACAAACAGAUUUAAUACAAACAAAAAAUUGUAGCAUUGUUGCUAGGCAACUGUUUCCUUAGCUGUUAGCUUGGCUUACUAGCAGUUGUCAGCACUUGUAACUCCUUUGCAGAGCCCGCCCCAUGGCAUAGGCGAACUCAGCACCUGCUGAGGGCCCCGUGACCUGUAGGGGCCCCCCAAGAGCAUGGUGGUUUGUUUAUGAAUCCAAAACUGCUUUUGAAAAGUAAGGCAAUUCCAUGCUAAAUGUCCUCCACACACCUUAUAAUUUGAACUCCUGAAGCAUGCCUCAUUUUUAUAGGAUGCUACUCCGAUGCUCAGCGGACUGGAAUCUGUGGUGCUCCCACAUCUAUGUCCCAUAGACAUAGAUGCUGCAUCGAGUGGGUUUGUCACCUCCUGCUUCACUCAACUUCGCCGCCAUAUUGGAUGUGUCAAGGUUGUGCUGUAAAUGAAUA